ACCCGUGCGCAUGCGCAGAGGGUCGGGCCUAUCCCUCCGAUAGCACGCCAAUCGGGACUGCGCGUUCAUAGCGCUUAUAGCAGAUCUAUAAACAUAGUACAUAGUAUUGUGCGCUUAACUACAAGGGUUAAUGUCUUAGCCAGAAUAUUUGUUUAUCUAAAUGUUUUCAAAAACGCCGUGGAAAACGCUCGAUGUUCCAGUCAUCACCUCAUUUCCUGUGUAGAGUUUAGUAAUUCGGACUUUCGGAUCUGUUUGAGCGACGGGAUCUGGUACCGUUCUGAAGGCAGAAUCUCCGGAGUGCAGGCCCUUACCCAGUCGAGGCCAUGGCAGACUUUUCGCUUGCUGAUGCUAUCCCAGAUGAUGUUUCUGGUGUAUCAUCGAAAACUAGUCACACCAAUCCAUCAGCUCCUGGAAAUGGGGCCCCACCCCCCACUAAUCCUGGCUGGCCUGGUGUAGCCCCUGGUGGCCCUAAUUUCCCAUCCUCAGGAGGCCCUUCCCAACCAUCAGCCCCUUCCGGCUUUCCUCAGACUGGGCCGUCUGCCCCUGGACCCUUCCCCUCUGGCCCGGGAGCCCCGGGCCAGUUUCCUGCUGCCCCAGGUGGUUACCCUCCAGGCCCAGGUGUACCUGGACAGUUCCCCUCCAACCCUGGAGCUCCAGGACAGUUCCCCCCCAUGCCAGGUCAGUUCCCACCAGGUGGGGCACCCAUGCCAUACCCAGUUCCUGGACAGUUCCCCUCCCCACCUGGAGCGCCACAGGGCCCAUACCCAAAUGUGCCUUACCAACCUGGACCGCCUGGGAUGUAUGGUCCAGGAGGCCCUGGAGCCUUUCCCCCAGAUGGAGGUCCAGGAUAUGGAGGAGGAGUGUUUCCCCCAAUACCUGCAGGGUCCUGGGGUCCCCCUGGAGGGGGCUUUCCUCCUCAGCCCGGCCCGCCAGGAGGCUUCGGUCCUGGGCCCAUGGGACCAUACGGUGGACCAGCUGCUCCAGGUGGAAUGCUGCCAGUGCCAUAUGAUCUUCUGCUGCAUGCAGGAGUCAUGCCUUGCUUCCUGAUCACGAUAGUGGGUGAGCCAGUACCAGGAGGAAACAGGUUCCAGGUGGAUUUUAUGAGGGGGCCUGAUGUGGUUUUCCAUUUCAACCCUCGUUUUCAUGAGCACACCAUUGUACGGAACUCAAAACUUGGGGGCUGCUGGGGUCCUGAGGAGAGAGAGGGGGGCUUUCCCUUUGUGCAGGGCAGACAGUUUGAGCUAAAGAUCCUGGUGGAGACGGAUGGAUUUAAGGUGGCCGUGGACGGCGUUCAUCUGCUGGAGUACGAGCACAGAACGGGUGGAAUGGAGGAUGUCACUAACCUGCACAUAGAGGGAGAUGUAAUUCUGUUCAGCGCGGCCCCCAGCAUGAUCUAACAAAGAAAAGGGCGUAGGAGCGAUUUGACAAUUAAGGCAUCAAAGCAUCUCCUAGAAAGGGGAAAUGAAGAACAUAGAAAUUUCUGAAAGUUAUUAUGACUGCUAUACCACCCCCUCCCACACUUUACACACACUGCAGUUGUCUUUUUAGUGCAGAUUAACACAAGGUUGUUUUCAGUGAAAGAUAUUACAUUCUGUAUAACUGUGGAAGAGUUUGACCAAUCUUAGAGGUCACUAGGGGCCUGAUAAUGCUGUUAUGUCUCAAACUUUUCAGCUUUGGCAUGACUUUCUGUUUUUCCAUCAAAAUGCAUUAAGCGCUAGUUUUUGAUAUGCAUGACUAACAUGAAUAAUUUGACAUUUUGUUCCAACAACACCUGCUGUGCAUAUGAGAUCUAAAUAGUAGAGGACAGUGCACCCAAAAAUAAAAUUUCUGUCAUAUUUAUUCACCAUCAUGUUGUUCUAAAUCUGUAUGACUAUUUCUUCUGUGGAACAACACAAAAGGAGAUGUUAGGCAGAAUGUUAACCUCAGUCACCAUUCGCUUUCAUUAUAUGGAAAAGAGAUGCAAAGAAAGUGAAUGGUGACUGAGGCUAAAAUUCUGCUAAACAUCUCUUUUUGUGCUCCACGGAAGAAAGAACAUCACACAGGUUUGGAACAACAUAAAGGUAAGUGUUGACAGAAUUUUCAUUUUUGAGUAUACCUUUAAAGGGAGAGUUCACCCAGAAAUUUAAAUUCUCUUAUUAUUAGUUCGCCUUUAUGCCAUUCCAGAUGUGUAUGCCUUUCUUUCUUCUGCUGAACACAAAUUAAGAUUUUUAGAGGAAUAUUUCAUUUCUGUAGGUCCUCACAAUGCAAGUGAAUGGUGGCCAGAACUUUGAAGCUCCAAAAUCACAUAAAGGCAGCAUAAAAGUAAUCCAUACGACUCCAGUAGUUUAAUCCAUGUCUUCAGAAGAGAUAUGAUAGAUGUGGGUGAGAAACAGAUUAAUAUUUAUGUCAGGGCUCCAGACUAAAAAAAUGACUUAGGAGCCAUCGGCUUCUAAACUGAAACAUUAAGCCAAAUGCUGUUUUUAGUCGCCAAAUCACAGAAUUGCUCGAUUUAGAUUCCUGUUCAGAUGCAAGAUAGAAAGCCGAAGAAAAGGAAGAUGGCUGAUAAUAACCCAUUAAUCUGAGGUUUAACAUACAGAAUGUAUAGUUCAGAAGAUAAAUUUGGAUUCCCCUUUUGUCAUAAAUGUUCACACCCCUUUCAUAAUUUAUGCAAAUAUAAGAGAUAAAAGAUUGUAUUUUAUUUAGUACUGCCCUUCAGAAUCUACAUUACAUAUAUUUACAUAAAAUAUAGCAUGCAUAAAGGAGUGUGUUGCCUUCUUGAGCAUCACUGAAUGUUUGCACCUUGUGUAAUAGUUGUGCACAAGUCCCUCAAUUGUCCUAAGUGUCAAAAGCUUGAUAUAUAUAAUUUAAAUUGUUUUAAAAUAUUGCCUUAGUCCUUUUUUACUGCUACCGAUGGACCAGACACAGAGUACAGACUACAAGAGUGCAAAUUGAUUGAGAUUCCAGACUCUUAUUUUGAAAUGUCUGCACUCCCAGUUGUGAGCUCACUGACGGCUGAUUCGCUGAGAAAGUGAUUCUGAUUCAAACUGCUAACCUGAGCUCUUGAGUUCAAACCCUCAGUUCUUUUCAGGUGAUUAAUAAAAAAGGUCCGGUUCAAAAGAAUCAUUUGACUCUCUCGUGCUUUGUUUGUUGUUGCGUGCUGUGCAGCGAGCACCUCAGAAACAGAACGGGUGAAAAGCGGCGUGAGACACAUUGGCGCUCUCUAGAUGUAUUUAGUAACUCACAAGAUGAUAUCUGACGAAACCGCAUAUGAACGCACACAACCCGACUGUCUGAUUUUAAAUUUAAAUUGUCACAAUUAUUUUUGGUCGCAGUGUGGAAGUCUUUUCUUAAAGUCUUUUUUUUUUUUUUUUCUCUCUAAA